GAGCCUGAUGCAGGACUUGAUCCCAGGACUCCAGGAUCAUGCCCUGAGCCAAUGUCAGACACUAAACCACUGAGCCACCCAGGGAUCCCCAGAUUUUUACUUAAAAAGUAAAAUAUACUCAUGAUUUUCGAAAUCCAGAUAAAAUAUAAUAGGAUAUUCACUGAAAAAGAUGUCAUUUUGUGACCACAAGCUCUUAUCUUUCAUUCUUCUAAGGGGCCACCUCUUAAGUGUCCUUCCUGAGACAAUCUGUACAUUUUUAUCUGCCUACACCAGGGUUUCUCAGCCUCUGCACUAUUGAUGUUUUGGGCUGCUAAUUCUUUGUUGGAGGUGGAUUGCAGAAUGUUUAGUUGUAUCUCUGGCCUCUGUGCGCACUAGAUUCUGGUGCACCAACCCACUCCUUAGUUUUUACAACCAAUCAUAAUUCCCUAAGGGGAACUACUGGCCUACUAGACCAUGAAUGUUAUGUUUGUAUGUGUAUCUCUUUUCCUACUUAGAGAAAAGCAUUCCAUACAUGCUGUGGUUAUGCUUUGUUUUUUGCCCCUAAUGGUAUAGCUUCAAGUUCUUUCCAUAUUAUUACAGAAAGACCCACCUUCUUUUUUAUGGCUGCAUAUAUUUGUGUAUUUUACUGAACAGGUUUUAUUUAUGUAGCCAGUCCCCCAUAUUAAAGGUCUUUGGGGUUGUUUACAUCCAAUGCUGCCACAAAUCUCAUUCAGCAAAUAUUUAGUGUCUGUAGUGUGCCAGGCCCUUUGUUUUAGAGGACUAAGCCUUAGGCCUGGUCUAGUGCACUAUGUAAGCUGGCCUCCUAGACACAGAAUUGUUAAAUAAGGGUGUGUGUAUCGCCUUCACCUUAGUGCAUUAUUAGUUGCCUGUGGAAUAUUGUAAAUUAUAUCCAGUACUAAACUCCUGAUAUUUAGUAAUUAGACUAAGGAGUGGCUUCUAGGUUCUGUUGUACAACCUACACUACAAUGUAAUGUAGUUCUGGCACAUUUCUCCUAAGAAUUACUAAAUGCUAAAAUGUAUCAAUAUGCCAACUCUGUUUGGAUAAACUAAUAAAAAGAUUAUAUAUGUAUCGACCAAGUGAAACACUGAGAUCCAGUGAAACACUGGUUUAGCUGUGUAGAUUUGAGGGAUGACAAAGACAUGAAAAGGAUGAAGCAAACACUUCAUUAGGGUGUCAUUGAUGGCAUAAGCAGUCCCUUUUCCAAACCCCAGCUACUAAAGCUGUGUUUUCCAAAUUCGGUAAGUAUCUGUUUUCAUUCCUAGUAGUUGGACUUCCUGCUUUCUUGGGUCUUCUUGUUUACAAAGAUAAAAGCUAAGUCAAGUCAAUACUUAAGACAUGUGCUCUAGAAUUUCAGCUAAACAGUUUAUUCUUGAUCAUGCCGAAUAUGUAACACAUAUUCUCAGCUUUCUCUGAGAAUGAAUAAAACCGCAGUUCUGUCUUCUUGUUCAGGACAGAAGAGACUACUGUGAGAAUACUUCAGCUCAUCAAAAUUCCCAGGCUACUUAGCAUUCUAACUCCUGCUCUCACCAAAUGCCUUUCCACUCCAGGAUUGCUUUCCUGAAACAAUUCUCUUAAAGAGAAUCAGAAUCUGCUUGGUGAAAUCAUACUUUUUAUGAUUGGGGGCUAAUACUUUUACUGUAGUAUACUUCAAAAAAGCAGAUAGAAUCCAAGAGUAGAAGUUCAGUAGAUAUUGUUAGAAAAUCACAUUAAGAUAGACAUUGGUAUUUUAAAAGUGAAGUUUGGUCAUUUUUAAACUUCUUACAUCUGUGUUGGUUGCAGUCUUUUGAUUUCUGGUACUCGAGAAUGUUUGCACAGUUCUGUGUUAAGAUAAGGCCCUGUGUAGAGGCAGUAUGAUUACCAGGUGACAGCCUAUGGACCUCAGUGAACCUAACCAUGGGGAAACUUCCUGAGAACAUCUCAUGCAAUGAAGUGGAGCACAGAUGUUUUUGAGGAAGUGAGAAUUUGUUAAGUAGUCAUUUCUGCCACUGGAUACUUUUCUUUUUCCUUAAAAAAAAAUAAUGAUUAUUCACAUUUAGAAUUAAAACUCUUCCUUUAAGGGGAGCCUGGCUGGGUCAGUAGGCAGAGCAUAUAACUCUUGAUCUCUGGGUUGUGAGUUCAAGCACCCACAUUGGGCAGAACAAACUUUAAACAAAAAAAAAAAAAAAAAAACCCUUCUUCCUUUAAAAAUGUUAUUCCCAGCCUAAAUGGCUAUUAGCAAGGGUUAAGUAGUAGAUACACAUUGGUAUAGUGGACUGCUAAGGCAUUAUAUGCAAAUGAUAAUUGUGAUAGCUCAUCACAUGGAAAGAUCACGUCUUAAGUGGCAAAAAUAAAGCAGAGAAUAAGGCUUAUUCCUGCUAUAAUAAAGCCUGUGUUUAGAUUAUGUGUACGUAUGACAAGGACUGGAAUUAAAAAGGAAAGAAACAUAUAAGACGUUUUCUGUGAGAGGACCCUGUGGGAGUUAGCACCAUGACUGUAUCAAGACUGGCUCGGUUACUUGGCGGCGUCCCAGCCACCAAAUGGAGAGCAGCAAGAUUACCCCUUCUGUGUCAUUCUCUGAGGAAAAUGAGUUCUCAAGGAGAAAAAUCCAAACCUGUCAAACAGUUUCUUAUGAGGCUAAAGUUACCAGAAUGUUGUUUUGAUGCACCAGAAGAUUCUAAUUUAGGGAAAGACCCACUGACAAAAUUUCCAGAUGAUAUUAAUCCUGUUACCAAAGAAAAAAGUAGACCCAGAGGCCCAGAACCUGCCCAAUAUGGGGAUUGGGAAUGAAAGGACACUGUAUAGAUUUUUAAGCCACAUAUUAUUAACUUCAUAACAUGUUUCAUGACAGCUGUCAAAUCAAAUAUCUAUAUAGGUAAAAUUUGGUGGCCUGAAAACAGUUUUGGUUUUUAUAUCCAUCAAACAUUAACAAAAAAAAAAAAAACUAAAGACUUCCAAAAGAUGUUGUAGCAGCGAUGGAUAUGCAUCACUCAGAUCUCCUCCUGGAGGAGGAGAGUUGACUGAAAACCCCAGCUGCUGCUCCAUGGAAUCCACUCCUCUGUUCCUGCUGAGGCUACACUUACUUCUCCCAGGCUGUUCCCAGUCAGUGAGUGAGUGUGAUGGAGGACAUUAGCCCACCCAGUACUUUCUUCAGACUGUACUGCUGUCUGAGACUCUUCCUACCCAAUCCUCCUUUCCUUCUCUCUCUCCUUCAUAGGUGUCAAACUCUGCCUACUUUUCCCUUUCAUAAUUCAAAAUGUUUCCCCAGUAAAUCUCUUUCACGUUUAAUACCAUUUUAUCAUUUGUUCCUCAGAGAACCCAAACCAACAUGGAUGGUUUUAUGAGAACAGCUUAUAGAACAACAACUUAUAGAUAGGUUUUUAGAAAAUGCCACAAAGCUUGUGGCUUUUUCUAGUAUAAUCAUAGUCUAACCAUUUAAAUUUUACAUUGGGGAUUUCUGGGAAAUUACAGGUUGUACAUUAUAUAGAGGGCUCAUACCAUGGAACCUUGUACAGAUUAGGUGUUUUGGUGGAAUUAUGUCCAACAUUUUUUCUUAUUUUGAUGUCCGUUGCUGUGACCUACUAUUAGUCAAAAUGUACUGUACCUAUUAUUAAACUUGAAGAGCCAGCCUAAAGCCAUAUUCUGCAAAUAGAUAACAAAUGUUCAUUGGAUGAAUGGUAUAUAUAGUUUAGUGACCAAACUUAGUUACAGUAAUUGUUAAUGAUGUAUCGGCAAUUUUAAUGAUAAUUUCAGGGCAGGACGGUAGUUUUAGAAGUGCAGGAUAAGAAUGGCAGUGGAGUGUUAACCAAUACUGAAUGAUCACUUAGGAAGGAAAGUUAAAAAAAAAAAAAAAAAAAAAAAA